AAAAACUGUCAUAUUUAUUUGCAACAUUAAUAUACAUAAUUUUAUGAACAAUUUAUUCAAUAAAUUGUUUAGAACUUAUUCAAACGCGACUUCCGAACGUUCCACAACGCUUUAAAUUAUUAUAUUUAUCGAAGAAUUAAGAAAAAUUCCUCUAUACAGAAAAACAAGUCGAUAAAAUCAUGCGAACGCCUACGAAAAUCUACUAAGUACUAAGAGAAAAUGUACUAUAAACUAUUUUAACGUGUUAUUUAUUCCAUAUAUACAAAAAAAACGCGAAAUUUCAAUACACACUUCCGAUAAAAAUCCUCUAAAGAUCAGCGCAAGUUUUCCACGAAAAUAUCGAUUAAGAAGCAAUACUAGAAUGUUAAUUAAAUCAUACACGCCUGAACAUGUCAUCUUUUAACCAACGUACCAAGUACUUAAGAGAAACGGUCGAUUCAUCAUAAUAUCUCGGUACAAACGUGCGGAAAGAACCAUGAUGGAAUACGAAUACACCUUAUUCAAAACGGAAUCGGAUUUCCGGGAGCGAUGCUGCGGAGGCAGCCUGUGGUGCAUCAGGGACGUGUGCGGCAUCGUCUGCGCGAUCCUCACCUGGCUGUUGAUCCUCUACGCCGAGUUCGUGGUCAUGUCGGUGAUACUGGUGCCCAAUUCCCACACGGUAUUCGGCGUCGUCAACGUGGUGGUGUUCCAGUUCUGCGCCUUCCUGGCCGUCACCUCGCAUUUGAAGACCAUGUUCACGGAUCCGGGCGCCGUUCCGAAGGGCAACGCCACGAAGGAGUCGAUCAAGCGGAUGGGGUUCCGCGAGGGCCAGGUCAUAUUCAAGUGCCCCAAGUGUUGUAGCAUCAAACCGGACAGGGCGCAUCAUUGCUCCGUGUGCCAGAGAUGUAUAAGGAAAAUGGACCAUCAUUGCCCUUGGGUGAACAAUUGCGUGGGCGAAAAUAACCAGAAAUACUUUGUGUUGUUUACGUUUUACAUCGCCGCGAUAUCGCUGCAUUCCCUCUUCCUGGCGAUCGACACGUUCCUGACGUGCAUCAAGCACGAGUGGAAGGAGUGCACGACUUAUUCGCCGCCGGCGACGGUGGUGCUGUUGUUGUUUCUCAUGUUCGAAGGGCUGCUGUUCUUCAUAUUCACGACGGUGAUGCUGGGCACGCAGGUGCAGGCCAUUUGGAACGACGAGACGGGCAUCGAGCAAUUGAAGAAGGAGGAGGCCAGGUGGACGAAGAAGUCGAGGUGGAAAAGCAUCCAGGCGGUGUUUGGGCGGUUCUCGUUUCUGUGGUUCUCGCCGUUCGCCACGCCGGUGGCUAAAUAUAAGAACGAAAGUGAUUUGUAUGCUGUUUAAUUGAAGCGUUAUGACCUAUUUAUUGAUCGGAAAAUAAAGUGGAUUCUCUUUUUUUUUUUUUAGGGUA